AAACCAUCAAAGAAAUCAGGUGUGAAAGCAAGAUGGCAGGAAACAGCCUCGUUCUGCCGAUCGUCCUUUGGGGUCGCAAAGCUCCGACACAUUGCAUAUCAGCGGUCCUUUUAAUGGAUGAUGUGUCCACGAUUGUCACAGGAUGCCACGAUGGCCAGAUAUGUCUCUGGGACCUUUCAUUAGAACUGGAAGUGAACCCUCGGGCUCUACUGUUUGGCCAUACAGCUUCAAUCACUUGUUUGUCCAAAGCCUGUGCUUCCAGUGACAAGCAGUAUAUUGUGAGUGCCUCUGAAAGUGGAGAGAUGUGUCUAUGGGAUGUGAAUGAUGGAAGAUGUAUAGAGUUUACAAAAUUAGCCUGCACCCAUACUGGUAUACAGUUCUACCAGUUCUCCAUUGGGAGUCAACGUGAAGGAAGACUACUGUGCCAUGGGCAUUACCCUGAAAUUCUAGUGGUGGAUGCCACCAGCCUUGAGGUUCUGUACUCGCUGGUGUCCAAGAUAUCCCCUGACUGGAUUAGCUCCAUGAGCAUCAUUCGAUCUCAUAGAACACAAGAGGAUACUGUUGUAGCAGUUUCAGUGACAGGCAUCCUGAAGGUGUGGAUUGUUACCUCUGAAGUUAGUCGUAUGCAGGAUACCGAACCGAUAUUUGAGGAAGAGUCUAGACCAAUUUAUUGCCAGAAUUGCCAAAGCAUCUCCUUCUGUGCAUUCACUCAAAGGUCACUCUUGGUUGUGUGCUCAAAAUAUUGGAGGGUAUUUGAUGCGGGGGACUAUUCCUUGUUGUGUUCGGGUCCUAGUGUAAAUGGAAAGGCCUGGACUGGAGGUGACUUUGUGUCAGCUGAUAAAGUCAUCAUAUGGACAGAAGAUGGGCAAAGUUAUAUUUACAAGCUGCCAGCCAGUUGCCUGCCGGCUAGUGAUUCGUUUCGCAGUGAUGUUGGAAAGGCUGUCGAAAAUGUAAUUCCUCCAGUUCAAUGCAGUCACUUGGAUAGAGAAGAUAAAGAGUUACUAAUCUGUCCUCCCGUAACUCGAUUCUUCUAUGGACGUAGAGAGUGUUUCCAUAAACUACUAAUCCAGGGAGACUCUUCGGGAAGACUCUGCAUUUGGAAUGUGACUGACACACUUGAAAAGCAAGCCAGCGUAGAAGGAUUGAAAAUGACAACUUCCACUUGUCUUCAGGAGGCGUUUGGGAAACUCACUCCUUGUCCAGCUGGAAUCAUAGACCAGCUGAGUUUGCUUCCCAGCAGUAAUGAACCCCUUAAAGUGACAGCAAGUGUGUACAUUCCCUCACAUGGGCGGCUCGUUUGUGGCCGUGAAGAUGGAAGCAUAAUUAUUGUGCCAGCAACACAAACUGCUAUAGUGCAGCUGCUGCAAGGGGAACAUAUGCUCAGGAGAGGUUGGCCACCUCACAGAACUCUACGGGGUCAUCGGAACAAAGUUACAUGUUUACUGUAUCCUCAUCAGGUCUCCGCUCGUUAUGACCAAAGAUAUCUGAUCUCUGGAGGGGUGGAUUUCUCCGUUAUAAUCUGGGACAUAUUUUCCGGCGAAAUGAAGCACAUCUUCUGUGUGCACGGUGGCGAGAUUACCCAGCUCCUCGUGCCUCCUGAAAACUGUAGUACGAGAGUCCAGCACUGCAUCUGCUCUGUGGCCAGUGACCAUUCAGUAGGUCUUUUGAGCUUGCGAGAAAAGAAGUGCAUCAUGCUGGCGUCCCGUCACCUUUUUCCUAUCCACGUAAUUAAAUGGAGACCUUCAGAUGAUUACCUCGUGGUGGGAUGUUCAGAUGGCUCUGUGUAUGUCUGGCAAAUGGACACUGGUGCUUUGGAUCGUUGUGUGAUGGGGAUCACAGCAGUAGAGAUCCUGAAUGCUUGCGAUGAAGCAAUUCCUGCCGCUGUCGAUUCCCUGAGUCACCCGGCUGUCAACUUGAAACAGGCCAUGACCAGACGGAGCCUUGCUGCUCUAAAAAAUAUGGCCCACCAUAAACUCCAGACCCUCGCGACUAACCUACUGGCUUCCGAGGCAUCUGACAAAGGGAAUUUACCUAAGUAUUCUCAUAACUCCCUGAUGGUUCAAGCAAUAAAGACCAACAUAACAGAUCCGGAUAUACACGUGCUGUUCUUUGAUGUGGAAGCGCUGAUUAUUCAGCUACUGACCGAAGAAGCCUCUAGGCCCAACACUGCUCUUAUUUCCCCAGAGAGUUUGCAAAAAGCGUCCGGCGGUUCCGAUAAAGCAGGCUCUUUUCUGGCCGGCAAACGAGCGGCGGUUCUCUUCCAGCAAGUCAAGGAGACGAUCAAAGAGAACAUCAAGGAACAUCUCCUGGACGACGAAGACGAGGACGAGGAGACGAUGAGGCAGAGAAGGGAAGAGAGCGAUCCAGAGUAUCGGUCCAGCAAGUCCAAGCCAUUAACCCUGUUAGAGUACAACCUAACUAUGGACACCGCAAAACUGUUCAUGUCUUGUCUUCACGCGUGGGGUCUGAAUGAAGUUCUGGAUGAAGUUUGUCUUGACCGGCUUGGGAUGCUGAAACCCCACUGCACGGUAUCAUUUGGUCUCCUUUCCAGAGGAGGCCAUAUGUCUCUGAUGCUUCCUGGCUAUAAUCAGCCUGUGGCUAAGCCAUCAUACGGAAACGUGGAAGUUGGACAGAAGCCGCCCGUGGCAGAUGGAGCAGGAAAGGGGACUUACGGAGUAUCCCGUGCCGUCACUACUCAACACCUCCUCUCAAUUAUUUCUUUGGCCAAUACCCUGAUGAGCAUGACCAAUGCCACAUUUAUUGGGGAUCAUAUGAAGAAAGGGCCAACCAGGCCUCCUCGGCCAAGCACCCCAGAUCUUUCUAAAGCAAAGGGUUCCCCUCCAGCUUCCAGUAAUGUUGUUCAAGGACAGAUUAAACAAGCUGCUGCACCUGUUGUUUCUGCUCGGUCUGGUGCUGAUCGCUCUGACCUUCCUACUCCUGCUUUACAUACCUGUUUCUUAGUAAAUGAAGGAUGGAGUCAGCUAGCUGCUAUGCACUGUGUAAUGCUGCCAGACCUACUGGGAUUGGAUAAAUUUAGACCUCCACUUCUGGAGAUGCUGGCUCGCAGGUGGCAGGAUCGAUGCUUGGAGGUAAGAGAAGCCGCCCAAGCCUUAUUGCUAGCAGAACUUAGGAGAAUUGAACAAGGAGGACGGAAGGAAACGAUUGAUGCCUGGGCUCCUUAUUUACCUCAAUAUAUGGACAGCGUUAUGUCCCCUGGAGUGACAGCAGAAUCCAUUCAGACUUCCACUUCAAGUCCAGAUGCUUUGGGCUCAGAAGUUAAAGUUCAGGAAGAAGAGCAUGAUCUUGUCGAUGAUGACAUCACAGCAGGUUGCUUACCGAGUCUCCCACAGAUGAAAAAAAUCUCCACAUCCUACGAAGAGCGUCGGAAACAAGCUACAGCUAUUGUUCUUCUGGGAGUGAUUGGAGCAGAAUUUGGGGCUGAAAUUGAGCCUCCAAAAUUGUUGACAAGGCCUCGCAGUUCCAGUCAGAUCCCUGAGGGAUUUGGUUUAACAACCGGUGGAUCAAAUUAUUCGUUGGCCCGACAUACUUGUAAGGCAUUGACGUUUCUUCUACUGCAACCACCCAGUCCCAAACUUCCUCCACACAGCACCAUUCGUAGAACGGCUAUUGAUCUGAUUGGAAGAGGCUUUACCGUAUGGGAACCUUAUAUGGAUGUUUCUGCUGUCUUAAUGGGACUUCUAGAGCUCUGUGCUGAUGCUGAGAAACAACUUGCAAACAUCACAAUGGGACUGCCUCUGAGUCCAGCAGCUGACUCCGCCCGCUCCGCACGACAUGCUCUCUCACUCAUUGCCACCGCCAGACCACCCGCCUUCAUCACAACUAUUGCCAAGGAGGUCCACAGACAUACUGCCUUGGCAGCAAACACUCAAUCUCAACAGAAUAUUCACACCACAACUCUUGCCCGGGCCAAAGGAGAGAUCUUGAGGGUCAUUGAAAUCCUUAUUGAAAAAAUGCCUACGGAUGUGGUUGACCUUCUUGUGGAGGUUAUGGACAUCAUUAUGUACUGCCUUGAAGGAUCUUUAGUUAAAAAGAAGGGACUCCAGGAAUGUUUCCCAGCAAUCUGCAGGUUCUACAUGGUCAGCUAUUAUGAGCGGAAUCACAGAAUUGCAGUUGGAGCUCGCCAUGGUUCAGUGGCCCUGUACGACAUCCGGACUGGAAAAUGUCAGACCAUUCAUGGACACAAAGGACCUAUAACUGCAGUGGCUUUUGCUCCCGACGGCCGAUAUCUUGCCACCUAUUCAAACACUGAUAGCCAUAUCUCCUUCUGGCAGAUGAAUACCUCACUGCUGGGGAGCAUUGGCAUGCUGAACUCAGCCCCCCAGCUUCGCUGCAUUAAAACCUACCAGGUACCCCCGGUCCAACCUGCUUCACCAGGUUCACAUAACGCCCUCAGGCUGGCCCGCCUGAUCUGGACUUCCAAUCGCAAUGUCAUUCUUAUGGCGCACGAUGGAAAGGAGCACCGGUUUAUGGUCUAGAGUGGUUCUCUAUCACUAUAUCUCUGUCUUUGGUUGAAACUUGUUUGCAAUCCUCUAGUUUUCCGUCCUUACUAAUGCUGGAUUAGCCAGUCCAGCGCCUAUCUAAAGUCAUCCAGUGGGAUCAGCCCAGACUGCGACCCUUCCGCAUGGUUCUCUACAGCCGAGUCCUGCUUGUUCCAGCUCCUGAGUCAGAGGCAUGCAUACUAGCUCAACAGUAUAGGGUUAUCCUCUCACCGUGUAGUGUUUCCCUGACAAUAGGGGCAGGGAAAGAAGGCAGUUAUUGGGAAUGCUCCUUGUUACUUGGUGCAACAGAAGCAGGAAAAUCAAUAAACACUGUGAUUGCACUCCCAGGCUAGAUCAGCUUUUUCAGGAAUCUAACCCCAGUCUCUGAAAUACAGUUGAACCUAGUAGCUUUUACAUAGGAGGUUGAGGCAGUGCAGCAGUCCUAAUUAUCAACAUUGUUUUCCUGUGAGAUGCUUAAGGAAUACUACUGUUUACCAAAACGGGUUCUAUGUUUACAUGUACUUUCUUCAGGUGAUUACUGGGUUCUGUUUCCUAGCGUUUAGCAGUUACCUUCUUUCGAAAGAACCUAAGUGGUCUGGAUUCAAGAGAAAGUAUAUGAAGAAAUUCUUUUUCAGAACAGGAACAGCCGGUUUUAGGCGCAUAUUUUCCUGCAAUGGUACAGCGUGAGGAAAUAUUCAGUAGAUGACAAUAAGAUGCCUUGCUUCUUGUGACGUAGAGAAAAAAGAAUCAUUCAGUCCACAAACUGAGAAGGAUGUUUUUUUAAAAAAAAACUUGCACAACAGGAAAAGAGUUAAUUGUGUUUCGAAAAAAAAGCCCACCAUUACCUUCUGUUCCUGCAGGGUUAAUUUUUGUUGUUGUUGUUGUUGUUGUUGUUGUUGUUGUUUUAAGGUGCUUCCCUCCCUCCAGAGAUGCCCAGAUCUGUAUUUCAUAACGUGGUCAUGCAGGUGAUUUUGGAUUUUGGAAAGGAUUCACCUUUCCAACCAGUUGCUUUAAAAAGGAGAGAAGGAGUAAUGAACAGAUGCUUUGUUGCAGCAUGAAUAUUCUGGGUUGUUAGCAAAUACGUCACAAAGUUAUGGGGAAAAAAACACAUGGAUAAUGAGGAAUGUAUAUUCCUCUAAGUUUAUUAGAGCAUUGCUCCAACAAGGAUGUCCAUUCCUUUUAAUAUCCAUUUUAACUGUUCACUUUUUUCAGCUUACAUAUCCGUUUAUGUCAAAUUAGAUGGGUUCAUGUUGGUAGUAAAGAAAGAAAUCCAUAAGAUAGCAUUUUGUGCAAAUUAUUUCUAACAAAAUAUUGAUGUGUGUAGAGUUUAUAUUUCCCAUUUUUUUCUCUGAGAACUCAAAGAAGGAGAGAGCUUUGUAGGUAAAUGAUUUAUUAGAGGAAAAGAAAAUGUAGAGAAAAACCCCAAAAAUUGUUAAAAUGAAAGCAGAUGAGUACUUCUCAAUUUAAAGAGCAUUGAUUUUUCAGAGGCUAUUUAAUAUACAAAAAGUGGGAUCACAGUCCAGAAGCAAUGUAUCUGUUCUACUGGUUUUUUUUUAAGCAGAGUAAAAAAUUAAGGCCAUUAGGAGUGAUGAUCUCAUUUCUCUGUAAAUUGUAUUAUUUCCAACUGUGGCUAAGCUGUUAUCCACUGGUGGUAAAAUUCUGUAGUAGAAUUCAGAUGUGUAUUUUUUUUUUUAGUGAAAUUUUGCCACUUGCAUGUACACUAUAUUUAUAAUGACUAUAUAUGUGUUUCCAAGGCAAGAAGCAAAGGGUCUCGCAGCAGAAUCCUUACUUGUUUGAUGCAUUUGCUCCAUUGCUCAAUUGAAAUAGAAGGAAAACAAAAAGGUGCACUUUAUGCUUUCUCUAGUAGGCACUUCCAAGUUGUAUUUAGUCCUGCCAUAAGUUUGAAAAAAAACAUACCAGAGUUUGCCAUCACAAUUUAAAUCUGGGCUCCUCUAAAAAAUAUAUUUAGUGACGGUACUGGAGAAAGGGUGCUUUCAGAGGAGCAAAUUCCAUGUUUUAACAAAUGCUUGCUUUCAACAAAAAGUUUUAUGCAUUUAUAAGAAAGAAGGGGUGGAAGUGGGCUGUCAAAGUUCUUCUCUUCCAAAUUCAGUUGUGACACAUAGCAAAAAUUUAAAACUAUAAGGUAAAAGCUAGCUUAACAAAGCCCUCACAAGAUUACCAUCUUCCAAUCUCAUGUAGUUCGUUGAGACUGUCAAGGUUAUAGUCCAGUGGUUUCGUAUUAUGAACCUCUGAGGUGGAGUCACUGUUGGAUAGUUAGGACUAUCUAACUGCUAAACUAAUAUUUACAUAUUAGUUAAACACAAAUCUACUCUUUGCUACUUGUCAGAUGCAGUCCCAAACUGCAUCACAGCUUAGAUCUCUCACCUCUGCAGUAAACUUUGUAUUGUCAUUCCAGUGUAAGCUUUUAGUGUUUUAUUGAUUUGUUAGUACAGUAUUUGGACUUGUCCUUGUAAAUGUAAAGACAUAUGGGGCUUCAUUUGGCAGUUUACAAGUAAAAGAUGACAUAAUUCGACACCUGUAUGAAAAUGUUGUAAUGAUUGAAGUCGGUGUGUACGGUAAAUGAAUUAGAAUGUCUGCCUCUCAAGACAUUUCUUGACUAUUCCACUUAAGAAUUGCUCUGUGUACUAAAUAUCCCUGUGUACAUAUGUGUGUGAAAUAAAAUUAAAUUGUACAAAAGACCA